AUGUCAGAUUACGCCCCGCUUCAAACAACAGGCAACGGCCAGGUAGCCACAGUGCUCUGUUGCAACUGUGGUGUGCCCAUGGACGGCCUGCUGGGGCUUGUAAUGUGUUACGACUGUAUCAAGCUUAAUGUGGAUAUCACCGAAGGCAUUCCUAGGGAGGCAAAUAUCUCUUUUUGCAGAAACUGUGAGCGUUUUUUGCAGCCUCCGGGCCAGUGGGUCAGGGCCCAGUUGGAGUCCAGAGAGCUUUUGGCCAUCUGUUUGCGGAGACUCAAAGGUUUGUCCAAGGUUCGUUUGAUCGAUGCCUCCUUCAUUUGGACAGAACCCCACUCGAGAAGAAUCAGAAUCAAGUUGACCGUUCAGGGCGAGGCUUUGCAGAACACCAUCGUGCAGCAGACGUUCGAGGUUGAGUACGUUGUCAUUGCUAUGCAGUGUCCAGACUGUGCCAAGUCGUUUACUGCUAAUACCUGGAGAGCCACUGUCCAGAUCAGACAGAAGGUGUCCCACAAGAGAACGUUUUUGUACUUGGAGCAGUUGAUUUUGAAGCACAACGCUCACGUUGAUACCAUUUCCAUUCAGGAGACCAAGGACGGGUUGGACUUUUUCUAUUCGCAGAGAAAUCAUGCCAUGAAGAUGGUGGACUUUUUGAGCGCCGUGGCUCCCAUCAAAUCAAAGAGAUCCGAGGAACUUAUCAGUAUAGACACGCAGUCGGGCCUGUCGAGUUACAAGUUCACUUUCUCCGUUGACAUUGCACCCAUUUGUCGUGAUGAUUUGGUGGUUCUCCCCAAGAAACUUGCCCACCAGAUGGGUAACAUUUCUCGUCUUGUGAUCUGCUCCAAGGUGACGAAUACGAUUCAGUUUUUGGACCCCAACACGCUUCAAACGGCGGACCUCUUGCUGAGUGUGUUCUGGAGAGCUCCAUUCCCAUCUCUCUUGGAUGUUCCUCAACUUGUGGAGUUUAUCGUGUUGGACGUUGAGCCCACUGGCGACGUCAAGGGCAAAAACGUUCUUGCCGAUAUCACCGUCAGCAGAGCGGCCGAUUUGGGAGUCAAUGACCACUCCUUCUAUGUUCGUUCUCACCUUGGAGCCAUCCUUCACCCUGGUGACCUGGUUCUCGGCUACUACCUCACCAACACCAACAUCAACUCGGAAUUGUGGGACUCGUUGGACACCGACAACACGCCCGAGGUGGUGCUCAUCAAGAAGUACUACACGAGAAAGGCCAAGAAGUCCAAGAACAGACAGUGGAAGUUGAAGAGAAUGGCAAGAGAGCACAACGACCUUGUGGCCAACGACGACUCCAGACAGGCCAAGCAGGAGCAGGAGCGUGCCGAAAGAGACUACGAGUUGUUCUUGCAGGAGUUGGAGGAGGACCAGGAGUUGAGACAGACCAUCAACUUGUACAAGGCGGGCGAGCAGCCAGCACACACAGAAGAGCACGAGGACGACAUGGAAGACGACGAUCACGAUGCGCCGGAGAUUGCCAUCGACGAGUUGUUGGACGAGAUUGACGGCAUGACUUUGGAGUAA